AUGUAUGGAAUUGCAAAAUUUUAUGUGUUGGCAGGGCAACUACUUGUUGAGUCAGGUGUGCAAACGUCUGCAUGCAAUAGAGACGAGUUCCGAUGCAUUGAUGGAAGCUGUCUGAAACCAAGUCUUUCCUGUGAUGGAGUACCGAACUGUCCAGACGGCAGUGAUGAAAAUGAUUGUGAUUAUUCAUCUUGCAAACCGAAGGACUGGUUCAAAUGUGAUAACGGCGAGUGCAUCUCGGGUUCGUUAUUUUGCGACAAAAACGACGACUGCGGCGACGGCAGUGACGAAAAACCCAAUUGCCAGUACAAUCACCACUGGCCAUCGGAAGAGCAUGCGUGCCUAGUCGGACAGUUCAAGUGCCACGACGGCGUUUGCAUCUCUGAUUCGCUCGUCUGCAAUAGUAAACCCGACUGUCCUGACGCCUCAGAUGAGAAGCAAAACUGCAACUCAAUAAACUGUGAUGGAUUCAGGUGUAAAAGCGGACAGUGUAUCGUUAGAGAACAUCGCUGCGACGGAAGCACGGAUUGCACAGACGGCACUGAUGAAGUCGACUGCUCGUCAUCAAGCAAGGCGAAUGUGUCUAUGGACGAGUGCUUGAUUGAAAGAGGCUUUUACGCCUGCCAGGACAAAGUUACUUGCAUCAAGGUCAGUGCCCUUUGCGACAAUAAGACAGACUGUUUGAAUGCGGAUGAUGAAGGUCCUUUGUGCGGUAAGUGUUUUUUUAGUGAGCAAGAUCAGUGUAAGUCAUCCGAGUGCAAUCAAUUGUGCCAUCCAUCUCCUCAAGGCGCUGUCUGCAGUUGUAAACCUGGAUUCACACUGAAGAAAAACUCAUCUAGCAUCUGUGAAGAUGUCAAUGAAUGCGAUAUUUAUGGUUCAUGCGGUCAGAGGUGCCACAAUUACAUUGGCGGCUUUGGCUGCUCUUGCGACGAUGGAUAUGUAAUGGCUGGCGAUAACAAGACGUGUGUGGCUGAGGAAGGCGACGAAGCCAUUUUGUCCUAUACUAACGGCCGCGAGAUCCGGUCGUAUUCGCUAUCCACGAAGCACCUGCGUCCAAUGCUGCAGAGCAGACGACCCGUGGCUGCCUUUGCGUUCGACGGGCUCUUCAUAUAUUGGAGUAGUCUGGAAGACGGACGGGAGAUGAUCGUAAGGAAUCGAACAGGCAGUGCACGUGAGGAAGAGAUCGUCAGCUCUGGUCUAGUGAAGCCGGAGCACUUGGCUUUCGACUGGGUUGCUCGGAAUUUGUAUUUUACGGACAGCGGCACGAAAACCGUUUCCGCCUGCACCGCCGACGGCCACUGGUGCUCAGUUGUAGUCAACACCGUCAUCGACAUGCCACACAGUCUCGUCUUGGUGCCCCAACAAGGCGAAAUGUUCUGGACUGAUUGGGGCAAGAGGCCUCACAUUGCCUCAGCGGGAAUGGAUGGAUCUAAGCCUGGAAUGUUCCUUGAGCUUGAGGUCGACGCCUACCCCAAUAGCCUAGCUAUGGAUUACGGCAACGGUAGGCUUUACUGGGCCGACGCUAAGUCACACAUCAUGCAGUCUGUCAAGCUUGACGGAACCGACAGAAGGGUCGUAUUGGAAAUGUACGCGGCUUACUCAAUCGCUAUUUUCCAAAGCAGGCUGUUCUGGAGCGAUGUUUCAGGCUCAAAAAUCAGAUCAUGCGACAAAUUCACCGGGAUGAACCUAAAUACGAUUGUGGUAGAUAGCAGAGACAACAUCGGCAACAUUUUCAUUUAUCAUCCAGCGCUGCAGCCAUAUCUGAGAAAUCCGUGUCUAACUUCAGAAUGCAGCCACAUGUGUCUUUUAGCCCCAAAGGGAAGAUACGGUUGUGCUUGCCCAUCCAAUCUGUUGCUCGGGAAGAACCAGAUUACUUGCGAUGAGGGAACCAACUAUUCAGCCACGUUAAUUGCUGCUGGUGACAAAAUAAUCAGAGUGGAGCACCAAAUUCUCGGCAGGCUAAACAUUUCAUACGUUGACCUACAAGACAUCGAUGAUAUCUCCGCUCUAGCCUACAACUCUAAGACCAACUCGGCCAUCAUCGCCGAUUCGGGCAACAAGAGGAUCGUGUCAUUUGGCCUGCGCAAAGCGCAUCUCACCGUGCUUAUUGAAAUGCAAAUUGGAUACGUGUCUGAUAUGGAAUACGAUUACAUCGGGAACAAUCUUUAUUGGUGCGACUCUGAGCGACAAGUCAUCGAGAUCUUCAGUUUCAACACUCUUGAGCGAAUGGUACUCGUCAGAGACUUUGAUGGAACUUUUCCUGUCAGCUUGGCCCUUAUUCCUGAUGAAGGAAAAAUGUUCGUCGGUCUCUCUUCUCAGCACCACAACCACGUGGAUAUGGUCAGCAUGGACGGGCAAGAAGUGACGCACGCCAUUGAGAACCUAUUCGGGGCGCCGACCGCACUUACCGUGCACUCAGGUCUGCACCGGGUCUUUUGGAUCGAUGAAGGCACCGGUUUGUUUGAGAGCACCGACAACGACGCGCUGGACAAACACGUCUGGCGCUUUGAAGGUAGUGACCCCGUGUCCAUGGCCGGCUUGGGCCCGCACAUGUUCUGGACCAGCAAGAACUCCAAAUACCUGCACUGGGCCGACGUACACGACGCACAGACCAAGAUUACUAGAAUCAAGCUAAAGGUGAAAAGGGGUUCGUUGAUGCAUUUGGCUGCUAUCACACCACAUCCUGACUCAAAGCACGCGUGUCGGAUGGAGAAUGGUGGCUGCAGCCACAUCUGCUUAGCCAUUACAACCGGCGCCAAGUGUGGCUGUCCGAUAGGAAUGCGGCUCAAGAGCGACGGUCUCAACUGCAUAGCUCCCGCCACCUGCAGCGAGAAGGAAUUCAAGUGCGAACAGGACGACGUUUGCAUCCCGAUGAAAAUGAGGUGCGACGGCCACACUAAUUGUCUUGGUGGAGAGGAUGAGAAAAACUGCGAAAGUGCAAGGAACCCAUUCAUCUGUAAAAAUGGAGAGUGCGUCCAGACACACCAGAAGUGCAACGAAACCAAAGACUGUGCGAAAUCGACUUGCAGGAGAAACGAAACCGAAAUGACAACGGCAACCGAGUUUGCGUGCUUGUCUGGAGAUUGCAUUCCUCUUACAUUACUGUGCGAUGGAGUUCCCGACUGUUCUGACGGAUCAGACGAGGCCGAUUGUUCGAAUUUCUUGUGCCUUGCUGGUUAUUUCAAUUGUGGAGACGGAGCCUGCGUCCCAAAAACUUGGGUGUGCGAUGGGCAUCUGGACUGCAAGGAUGGUUCUGAUGAGUACUGUGGAAGAGCAAAGUGUCUGCCAAGAGACUUUCACUGCAAAAGUGGCGAGUGUCUGGAUCAGACCCUGAAAUGCGAUGGCCAGGACGACUGCGAAGAUGGAAGCGAUGAGGAAUGCGCGGAGGAAGAAUUUCGAAAUGCCGACGAGUGUGCCAUAGACAUGUUUAGAUGUGUGUCAGUCACCAAACUCAAAUCAAAGUCUUUGAUUUGUUUGCCUCGAAUUGCACGGUGCAAUGAAACUAAAGAGUGUCCGUUUGGCGAUGAUGAAACCGACUGUGGCUGCAGAGAUGAUUUAUAUGAGUGUGCCGGCAGCCACAAAUGCAUAAUUAAAUCGUGGGUGUGUGACGGCAGGAAGGACUGUUUGGACGGCGAGGACGAGGCCGAGUGCUUUGCGCCAACGAGCACCACGCAGCCAGCGUCAACUAUCCCUUACGUUUGCGACCAGUUUCGGUGUGGGUCUGGAGAGUGUUUGCGCUUUGACCUCGUCUGCGAUGGCAAACAGAACUGUAUUGACAGAUCGGACGAGGGCGGAAAAUGCCACAAGUGCUGCAGAGAGGACGAAAACUCGUGCUCGCAGGUGUGCAACCCAACGCCGCUGGGUGCCCGUUGCUCGUGCAAGCCUGGAUUUGUUUUGUCCGGCGAUGGUCUCUCUUGCAAAGACGUCGAUGAGUGCAAAUCUGAGCCCGACGUCUGUUCGCAUUUUUGCACAAACACCCCUGGCAGCUUCAUUUGCUCCUGCGCCCCCGACUACGUGCUCCAGCUCGACAGACGCUCCUGCAAAGCGAUCAGCCGCUCGCUCGACGUCGUCUUUGUAACAAACGACGAGAUCAGAAAGGUGUCUCUGAAUUCGAGGCGGCGGGACGUUUUGACGUCGCACACCGGCCUCACCGUGUCUGGUUUGGCAGUCGACGCUCAUUUGAAUCACGUCUACUGGAGCACAGCCACAACGGGCAAGCUGACGCGAAUGUCAGAGGCCAACGAGAUCGAGAAGCAGAUCGAGCGCGUCGUGCAGAACCCCAGGAGGCUGGCCGUCGACUGGAUCUCGGCCAACAUUUUCGUUGUCGACCAGCUGAACCGGCCAACAAUCAAAGUAUGCAGCGUCCGGCUGGGCAAGUGCAGCAAACUCGCGACCGCCGCCGAAGCCGACGAGGUCACCGCCAUCGCCCUCGACCCAGCCUCCGGAUUCGUGUUUUGGACACAAAUCUCGGCGAACGGCAGUGAGGUCUGGCGGGCCAACAUGGACGGUGAAAAUGCGACAUCCAUUGUCAAGUUUGGAUUGUCUGCUGUGUCUGGUCUCACACUGGACUUAGUCAGAAAGAGAGUUUUCUGGUCGGACAAAGAGAAGGGCACCAUUGAGCAGGCAGACUAUCAAGGCUCCAGUCGAAACCUGCUAAACUUAAGCAGUGUGAAUAAGCCAGCUGGCAUCGCCACUUUUGAGGAUGAAAUUUAUUGGAUGGAAGGUGACUCUGGAAAACUGCGGAAGUGUGGCCUGCGAUAUCCAUUCACUUGCAGACAUGUUGAGUUGCUCACUGGCGAUACCGCCUAUUUCCAAUUGAUACAUGAAGCUUUGCAGCCAACAGUUGGCAAUAAAUGCGAGGAGAUUGAUUGUGGCACUGGAAUUUGUGUCCCUGUUCCAUCCGGAGUAACCUGUCUGUGCAGGAAAGGCAACGAUUGCCAGAAAAUUAUGCUACUGAAAAAGAGAGAUGAGAAGGACGAAGGAAAUGGAGGAACAAUCGCGUUAGUUUUCCUCACCCUCGGAGUCGUGGUUGUGGUUGGCUGCUACCUUUGGCACCGCAAGCAAAAACAAGAAGAGAGAAAAAUCUUUGAUUUUGGGAGUCUACAUUUCGUCAACUCCGCUUUUGGACAAAACGUGAUCAGCAGUAAAAUCGUCAGUUUUAGUACAGCUUUCGACAAACACAAACUCCACUUUAGCAACCCAUUUUUCAACAAUCGAAAGCCAGCAGGACCUGAUGCUGAGAAAUGCGUCCAAAUAGUGACCCCACCAGUUGCUGCCAGACGAACCAUCCCGGUCGACGCUCUCAGCAGUCCGUCCACAACUUCUAAUGACAGUUCUCACUCGUCGUUUGAGCCCGAGACGACGAGUCUGCAUGCCUCUCUCAUCAGGACCGAAGACUGAUUUUCCGCAACCUAAUUUAUUCUUCGUGUUAUCUCUAACUCUAUGUUUCUUUGAACUUAUCUUAUUGCAAGCUUUAAUUUACUGUUUUAACGUGUUUGAGAUUGUUCUGAGGCGCUAAAAGAACAUAAAAUAUGUUACAUUCUUGUGAUAAUUUUAUUGCCUCCACGCCUCCCUUCCUCGUCUUUCUUUCUUUGAUUUGGAUUUGUUCUUAUUCUA